UUUUGUGAAUUAUAAAUAAAAUUGGCAUUUUCUAAAUGUUAAUAAUAGUUUCAGCGUGAUAUCCAGUUGCAGGUGUAGUUGCAUUUGAGUUAAAACUUUUAAGACAACAGGAUAGUGCGUCUUUUGUAAUUGGGUUAGAUACGGUUUAAACUUUGCUAUAUAAAUUAUAAUGUUAUGUGCAAAAUCGUUUAGCAUUGACAUCUUUGAGAGAUUAGAAAGCAAACCUAUUUAAAUAUUUUAAUCAGAUGUCAGACUAUUGAUAAACGUUACUGAAUGAAACUCAUCUGUCAAAUCAAAAGUUUUGACAUUUGCUUAUAGAGCUAGGUGGAGUGAAUAAAUAACUUUUUAACGUCUGAAACAACUACUAAUAAAUAAUUCAAUGGAACCUAAUAUUCCUGGUUCGUCGGCGUCUUCAAGGGCCACUAGAUUUAUGAUGGAAGGAGUCGGAGCUCGUGUGAUUCGAGGUCCAGAUUGGAAGUGGGGCAAACAGGAUGGGGGAGAGGGUCAUGUUGGUACUGUGAGGAACUUUGAGUCUCCAGAGGAAGUUGUUGUUGUUUGGGACAAUGGUACUGCUGCAAACUACAGAUGCUCUGGAGCUUAUGACCUGCGAAUUCUUGACAGUGCUCCUACAGGCGUUAAACAUGAAGGCACCAUGUGUGACACAUGCAGACAGCAACCCAUAUUCGGAAUUCGUUGGAAGUGUGCUGAAUGUAGCAACUAUGACUUGUGUUCAGUAUGCUAUCAUGGUGAUAAACAUAACUUAAGGCACAGAUUUUAUCGUAUUAGUGCACCAGGAGCCCAAAGAUGUUUAGUUGAACCCAGAAGAAAGAGUAAAAAGCAGGCUGUGAGAGGCAUUUUCCCAGGUGCCAGAGUUGUAAGAGGGGUUGACUGGCAAUGGGAAGAUCAAGAUGGUGGUAAUGGCAGAAGAGGCAAAGUGAAUGAGGUCCAGGACUGGUCUGCUGCAAGUCCUAGAUCUGCUGCUUACGUUGUCUGGGAUAAUGGAGCUAAGAAUCUCUAUAGAGUAGGCUUUGAGGGAAUGGCAGAUUUAAAGGUUGUAAAUGAUGUCAAGGGUCAAAAUGUGUACAAAGAACAUUUACCACUAUUAGGAGAGCUGGGGCCAGGCCGAACUGGGCCCCAUGGCUUACAAGUUGGUGACCAGGUGAAUGUAGAUCUCGACCUUGAAAUAGUUCAGUCAUUACAACAUGGUCAUGGUGGCUGGACGGAUGGAAUGUUCGAGUGCCUCGGCACUACCGGCACUGUGGUGGGAAUCGAUGAAGACCACGAUAUCGUCGUCACAUACCCCAGUGGAAACAGGUGGACUUUCAAUCCUGCUGUCUUAACUAAGGUGUGCAGCGGCAACUUGAGCGCGUCGACGUCCGGCGGCGCGGGCGCGGCGGCGGGCGGCGGCUUCGCGGUGGGAGACCUCGUGCAGGUCUGCGCGGACCAGGAGCGCGUCAAGACGCUGCAGCGGGGACACGGCGAGUGGGCGGAGGCUAUGGCGCCGACCCUCGGCAAAAUUGGCCGUGUCCAACAAAUAUACCACGAUAAUGAUCUUAAAGUGGAAGUGUGCAAUACAUCCUGGACAUAUAAUCCCAAUGCAGUCACUAAAGUGGCGUCAUCUGAUGGCAGCAUACCCGGAAAUUCUUCAGGUGAACGUUUGUCAGCACUAUUGAAGAAGCUAUUUGAGUCUCACGUGACCGGCGACGCUAACGAGGAGCUUGUGAAGGCCGCAGCUAACGGCGACGCCACGCGCUGCUCAGAAAUACUUGGACGUACUGACGCCGCACAUGUUGACGUCAACGGGUUCUAUGGCGGUCAUACCGCUCUACAGGCAGCAGCCCAAAACGGCCAUGUGGAGGUGAUCCGCGCGCUGGUGGCGGCGGGCGCGGACGUGGACGCGGAGGACCGCGACGGGGACCGCGCGGCGCACCACGCGGCCUUCGGGGACGAGCCCGCCGCCCUGCGCGCGCUGGCCGCCGCCACGGCCGACCUGAGCGCGCGCAACCGCCGCCGCCAGACGCCGCUGCACAUCGCCGUCAACAAGGGACACCUCGGCGUCGUGCGCACGCUGCUGCAGCUCGCCGUGCACCCCAGCCUGCAGGAUUCAGAAGGAGAUACGCCUCUGCACGAUGCCAUUUCGAAGAAACGUGACGACAUGUUAACUUUAUUACUGGAGCAUGGAGCUGACAUGACUCUUACGAAUAACAAUGGAUUCAACGCGCUACACCACGCCGCUCUUCGAGGAAACCCAAGCGCAAUGAAAAUAAUGCUGGGUAAGUUGCCGCGGCCGUGGAUAGUGGACGACGCUAAAGAUGACGGAUACACGGCUCUGCACCUCGCGGCCCUGAACAACCACGCCGAGGUCGCCGAGCUGCUGGUCCGCGGCGGCGCGCGCCCUGACCUGCAGAACGCUAACCUGCAGACAGCUUUACAUCUUGCCGUCGAGAGGCAACACACUCAGAUCGUACGCUUGCUCGUCGCUCAUGGAGCGAACCUCAAUAUCUGUGAUAAGGACGGAGACACUCCGCUACAUGAGGCUCUCCGUCACCACACGCUGCAACAACUGCGGCGGCUCCAGGACGCGCGCGAUGCCGCUCUACUAACUGGGCUUGCGCACGCGCACGACAAGAAGUCUUCUGCCUCUAUCGCCUGCUUCCUAGCUGCGCAUGGCGCAGAUCUUACUAUUAAAAAUAAGAAAGGUCAAACGCCUCUCGACUUGUGUCCGGAUCCAAAUCUUUGUAAGACGUUGACGUCAUGUCGCAAAGAGGGCACAGGUAUGGGCAGCGAGGCGGCGGCGGAGAGUGAACCCAGUUCGUUGAGUGUUGCGGGCAGCAGUGCAGCGCCCGCAGCCUCGCCGGUCCCCGCCGACACGCCCUCCACGCCCGCACAGUCAGACCCCACCGCGGAUGAGUGUCUCGUUUGCUCAGAUGCUAAACGUGACACACUCUUCCGUCCUUGUGGACAUAUCUGCUGCUGCAAUGUCUGCGCUGCUAGGGUGAAGAAAUGCCUGAUCUGCCGCGCGUGCGUUUCGUCCCGGCAGCGCGUGGGCGAGUGCGUGGUGUGCUCGGAGGCGCCGGCCACGGUGGUGUUCCGUCCGUGCGGCGACGUGUGCGCCUGCGCCGCCUGCGCGCCGCUCAUGCGCAAGUGUGUCGAGUGCCGCACGCCGCUGCAGCCGCUGCCCGCGCCCGCGGCUGCUGCUGCCGCCGCUGGGGCCGCCGCGCCCGUCGCAGGGCCCUCGCACAAACUUGAUGUCGAAAAAGACAACGGCAGCAACUUAGCACAAGUGCAAGUGAACAAGGGUCAGCCGGUGCCUGCUCAGUCGGCGCCACAUUACAUGAACAACGGGUCUCGGUUCGCGGCGGCCCCCGCGGCAAGUGGGACCACGCCGGGAGCGGCGUCAGCAGCAGUAGUGCAGGGCGCAGCAGCCGCGCCCCCUGCGCCCCUCGCGCCCCCCGCGCCCCCGGCCGUGACCCCCGGUGCGCCCAACGCGCCCGCGGCUGCUGACGUGCAGAAGCUACAACAACAACUUCAGGACAUCAAGGAACAGACAAUGUGUCCGAUCUGCCUGGACCGCUUGAAGAACAUGAUCUUCCUGUGCGGGCACGGCAUGUGUCAGAUGUGCGGCGACCGCAUCGCCGUGUGCCCGAUCUGCCGCAAGCAAGUCGAGAAGCGCAUCCUGCUGUACUGAACUGCUUGCAAAGGACGUACAGGCAAACCACUUCGAUCUUUUCAAAUAAGGCUGAUUUUUUACAAUUGCGAAGUUACGUACCUUUCUAUACAUUAUUAGAAAAUUUAAUUACCUAUUGGAUGUUUAUGUUUAAGUAUAGUAUUUGAUUUGUACAAAUGUACCGCAGAAUUUCCCAUAUAAACCUCGAAUAUGAAAUAAAUGAGAAUCAAAUGGCUCAUUGGUUAUGAGUUUUUGUUAACAGCCAACGCCCAUGAAGUUAACGGGUUUACGGAUAAAAACAAUAAAUAUUUGUUUCUUUCUGUUUCGUUGCAAUUUUCAGUGAUUUCUUGUAAAGUUCCUAAGCAUGUAUGAAAAUCACGCGCAUUUAAGCAGGAAGGCUGAUGUUGGAACAAUUUUAUACUAGGUACUUAUUUGAUUUAGGAACUACCUAUUAGUAACUACCUAUUAUUAUAAUUUAAUUCUUUAAUUAUGAUUGUUAGGUACAUGUUUGUUAUCGCUUGUUUUAUUUUAAGUAUAGACAAAUUGGUAUCCCAAUAAAAAUUGUUUUGUCGAACUAUGAAAUAUAAUGCAAAUGGGAUUUAUUUAAGUGUAAUAUAUGAAUUUUUAAUCUGAUUAAUUCCACAUUGUUAUCGUCUUAUGCAUUUAUGUAUCGUUACAAUAAUUAAUGUAAACUAUUAUUUUUAAGAAUGUAUUGGACCCACCAAGAGGCGUGGUAUGCUUAGCAAAAAAAGUGAAGGAAGAAAUUAACUCAAGAGAAUAACCUGCUGUUCUUCGGUAUGAACUAUCUAUAAAGUGCAAGCUGUUUUUAUAGAUUUUAAUGUCUUAAAACUUCCAGCCGACGCGUGAUGCAAGAUGUACUCUACUCUUUAAUGUUACACUCAUUACUGUUUUAAGUGCCUGUAAGUUCGUAUAUUAUUAGGGCUAUUAUGUAACUAUAUAAAUGUUAUACAACUGUAAAUGUAACACAUAUUGGAUACUUAAUAUUAAAAUGAAUAUUAUUGUUCAGAA